GCAGUAUGAACUUUCAUGCAACAUUAUAUAAAAAUAAAUAAAAACUAUUAGGAAUAAAAAAACUGAAGUAAGGGAUUGAAUUGAGUUAGCGUUCAUUCAUGGAAUCCAUCCUCCUCAUAGUUGACUACUGCAUAUAUUUUCUGCCUCCUCCCAUCAGUCUCAAUUUAAACAACUUCAGUGAAAGCGAUAAUAACAGAGUUCCGUUUUUAGAAAGAAAAAUGACUAAAGAUGCAUUAUCAUUGAAAAAUGAAGCCAAUAGCGCUCUUAAAGAAGGACAUAUUGCUAAAGCUGUAGAACUCUAUUCUGAGGCACUGAAACUUGAUCCCCAAAAUGCCAUCCUUUAUUCAAAUCGUUCGUUAGCUAAUUUAAAAUUGGAGGAUUUUGGUCUUGCUAUCAAUGAUGCUACAAAAGCCAUUGAGAUUGAUCCAAAUUUUGCUAAAGCAUAUUAUCGAAGAGCUGCUGCUCAUAUAGCCCUUUUCCAACCUAAAGAAGCAGUCAAGGACUAUAAAAAGGCCGUUAGUAAUGCCCCGAACGAUGCUAUUGCUCGCUCCAAACUUCGGGAAUGUGAAACGUUAUUGAAAAAAAUCCGAUUCCAAGAGGCCAUUGAAGUAAGUGAUCCCCCAUCUGCUUUAGCAAAUAUAAAUAUCUCUGAUAUGGAUGUUCCUCUCGACUACGAUGGCGUCAAACUCGAUGACCAAAUGACAGAAGAGUUUGUCUUGAACAUGUUGGACCGUUUCCAAAACGGUAAAAAGCUGCCCCUCAAGUAUGCCUAUACCAUCUUAAGGGACAUUGAGGAACAUUAUAAACAAGUCCCUUCCGUGGUUGAUGUUCAAUUGAAGGAUGAUGAAACCUUGGUCAUCUGUGGUGACACGCAUGGUCAAUUUUUUGAUGUUUUAAAUAUUUUCAAAUUAUACGGUUAUCCCAGUCCUACCAAUAAGUACCUUUUUAAUGGUGAUUUCGUAGAUAGAGGUUCCUGGUCUACUGAAGUCGCAUUUACUUUGUAUGCUUUCAAACUGUUGUAUCCUGAUUCCGUUUUCAUGAACAGAGGAAACCAUGAAACUGAUGAUAUGAACAAGGUCUACGGUUUUGAAGGAGAAUGCAAGGCUAAAUAUAAUGAGAGAACCUUCAACAUUUUCUCAGAAACAUUCACCGCGCUACCUCUAGGUACUUUAAUUGAGAAUACUUAUUUGGUAUUGCAUGGCGGUUUGUUUUCUAAUGAUAAUGUUACUUUGGAUCAGCUUCGUAAAAUCGAUCGCUUCAGCACAAAGCAACCAGGACAAACAGGACUUAUGAUGGAAAUGCUAUGGACUGAUCCCCAGCCUGAACUAGGCCGUGGAAUUUCUAAGCGUGGUGUUGGCUUGCAAUUUGGUCCUGAUGUCUCCAAGAAGUUUUGUGAAGCGAAUGGGUUGCGUGCUAUUAUCCGUUCUCAUGAAGUUCGGGAUCAAGGCUACGAAAUUGAACACGAUGGUUACUGCAUCACAGUUUUCAGUGCUCCCAACUAUUGUGAUACUACCGGAAAUAAGGGAGCUGUCAUUAAAGUUAAAAAGGAUAUGGAACUUGAUUUCCAUCAAUUUCAAGCUGUUCCUCAUCCUAAUAUUCGCCCGAUGGCCUAUGCGAAUGGACUACUAAGUGGGAUGUGAACCGUGCACCCCUUAAUCAUCCUUGCUUUUCAACUGUUGUUGGUUCUUCUUAUCCUGUAUUUUGGUAAUUUUGGUAACAUAUUUAAGUAUCAUUAUCAUUUUAUACGGAGCCUGUAAAGUAUAGAGGAUAGUUGUUUUAGAAGACUGGAUUAUUUAUUCUAAUGGGACGGCUUGUGUAUUCUAAUAGAAAUAAUACGUUAUAGACUAUUCAGUUUCAUUGUGGAAUAGACGGCAUUUGCUACUCUGCUACUCUGUCUAUGAAACAAAGAUCAUCCUUUUGUA